UUGAACAGGAUAACAGUUCAGGCAGACGUAGUGAGAAGGACAGACCGAAGAGACGAGCCUUCAGCACAGCACAGCAUGGCAGAGAGAAGCACAACUGUCAGGGAGAAGAUCCCGAUAAAAUACGAAAAUCAGCAAGAAAUGCGGCGGCCGCGCAGGUAGAAGACAAUGGAUAGCGCCCGUCUCACAUAUGGGAACCAUUGAAGUUAGAAAAAUGGGCUGAAAGAAGAAUACCAAUGUUUUGAUAUUUGAAAAAAUGUUUGUCAUCCGGAUGGUCGACCAAAUUUAUGACUAGGGGGAUUGGAAUGACCAAGACUUAAUCAAGGCAUGAACUGUCAUUCCCACCCAAUGAAAUAAGAAGACAGCUAUGUACCCAAUUCUACGGGAAGUGGCGACAACUGCUUUGUCAUCAAGAUGGCGACUGGGAUUUGGGAGCUAAUUGGAUUUUUGAAAAGCUAACUGCUUGGAUUUUUCUGGAUUUUAUUUGACUGUGUCAAUUAGAAUUACUUAAACUUUCACAUGGACUCUUGUGCUGGGGAUUCUUUGGACUCAGUUGUUUGAAUAGGCUAUUGUAAUAGUUGCUUUUACUGCAUUCAAUUACAGAGUACUUUUCUACUUCUGUGAUUUCUUAAUGCGCUGUUAUUUAUAUUAAAUAAAACAAUGUUUUUUCACUAUUCUGACUCUUUCAUUGGUCAAUAUGCUACCCAAGAUUGUUACCAGACUAUAUUGUCUAUUUGCUAAAUGUGGAAAUUCUAAGUACAAACUUCGAAUCAAUUUCACAAAAAUGUAAUGACGUGUCUGGUAUUUUAAGGGGCUUCUGAAUGCAUCCAGUUAGUGGAAGGAAUACAAUGUUAAAUUACAUAAAUAGUGCUAGCUAGUAAUUACUACCUUUACGUAGGAUCGAGGGAUGUAGUAGAAGGUAAACGCAAGUAACACAGUUUACGCAACUUUUUAUUUUGGGAAUCUUCACACACCUAUUACGCUAAAGUUUUUUGAUUAAGUGUUUACUUUACUUGUCUCCAUCUCGAGCAAUACUUAGCAACCUACCUUUGUGUACCACUACAUCCCUGGUGGGAUCAUUUCCUUUCAAGUUAAUUACAUCAUACACUUUUGGUACCAUUUAUACACUUUAGGUAGGACUUCUGUCCACAAAAUCUGAUUUUGCGUGAUUAGCAUUUUUUUUUUUACUGAAGUCAAGUUAAAGCGUAUGGCUUAUUGUGAUUUAUGCAGUCCAUGGUGAAGUAGUUGGCUAAUCCAGACUAUUAAUUAAACCAAUAAAAGUUAUACACUGCAGCUCUACAUAAUACAAAGAGUUAAAACAGAGCUUUUGGCAAGAACUGAAAUGGUGUCCAAGGUUCUUUGAGUCUAAAAUGGCUCCUGAAGUCUUAUUUCCUGUCUGAACAGGAAGUGAUGGGUCUCAGUGUUUUAAAUAUUGUUUAAAUAUUAUUGUUCAACUUCAAACCCAUCUUUUGUUUCAAUAUGUAUCUAACUUUGGCAAAGGAUAUCCUCUUGAAGUGAAGAAACUUUAUUUUUUUAAUAUAAAAAUGUAAUAUAGUUUUGCCGUUUUUAUACAAAAUGAAGGGGGUGGGACUUUUGGACAUCACCUGAGUGUGGGGUAAAUGGAAAUAACGUCAAUCAAAGGCAAAGCUUUCAGAGCUAGGAAGGAGCUCUAGAUGGCGGAUGAGCCUUGGGAAGGGGAACAAUUAACUGGGCUUUCGUCAGACCUUUUCUUUUUCAUGAAAUCAAGCUGGAAUAUGACGCUCUAUUAAUAUUUGUUUUACUUAAAAGAAAACUUGUUACUAUAGUGAACAGUGAAUUAGGUUUUCUGCGGUAUUUAAUGCGUUUUUCGUCGUGUAGAUCAGUUUUGCAGCGUGUAUGCGCGAGUCGUUGUUUUCUCUGCCUAGGUUUGGCAGCCAUGGCGCCCCUCCAUUUUUAGUGUGCUCUGUGAAGAGCUUUGGCAUUUCGUCUCACUAUCACUUUUGUGAGGUUUCAUUAUCCUAUUAUCAACAUUUAGUUUUUUUGUGCCUGUUUAUUUUCAUUCAACCUUUUUAAAUGGCAUUUAUUUUUAUUUUAAUGUCAUAAGUAUUAAAGUCUGUGCUUUUGCGGAUGUAAAUCUAACUUCAUUAUACCUUCCUGUACAUGGAAUAGGUAUGUUGACGUUUUAUAAUACCUACCUACAAUCGAUUGUCUUUUCAUUUAUCACAUUUUAGUCGUCCUUUGUCUGGUGACGCAGUUAGAAUUUGUGCAUGUGGCUCGAUCGGUGAAUCUAAUUGAAAUACACUCAACACUUGGCUUUUUUUUUAAAUCACAGGAUGUCAUCAGUUGUCAUUUAUUCAUCGAUAAUGUAUAUAUUAAUAUAAAUAAUGCCAGUUUUAAACGUCAGACACAAUGCUGAUGUCUGUUAUUUCAUAACGUCAAGGUUUUUACUGUCCUCUGAGCAAAAACAAUCUUAUGGGAGUUUUAUGAUAGUCCAUCCCUCUAACUUUUGACAGUCAAUACCAGGACAUAAGAUCAUCAAAUCAAACGUUUUCAAGAUAAACGACGAUGAAGAAUAAGAAUAAAAAGCAAGAAGAUGAAUGUUCGACUCAAAGCAACGCAUCAAGCAAUUCGGCCUCUGAAGAAUCAAACCACUCUGGGUCGGAGUCUGGGAGUCAGUCGGAGAGUGAACAGGGCAGGGAAAGGAGAAGAUCGCACCACUCUGGAAAGUCCAACAGUUCCUCUGAAUCUGGGAGCCAGUCUGGGUCUCAGAGUGAAUCCCAGCAAGCCUCAGCAGAGGUCAACGACAAACCACCAGUUAAAAAGAAAGACAAUCUGGCAGAUGUAAAGAAGAUGUGGGAAGAGCAUCCAGAUGUCUAUGGGGUCAGGCGAUCAAAUCGCAGUAGGCAAGAACCUGCUCGUCUCAAUAUUGGAGCCGGGGGUAGCAGUGACUCAGAAGGUGAAAGUCCUCAAAGAAAAGCAACACGACAAAAGAAGAAAGAAAAUACCUGGAAGAGUGAUGACUCGGAGGAGGAGGAGGAGGAUGCCAGCAGUGCAGACAGUGAGCAGGAAGAGAAAGUUAGAUCCAGACGACUUCCUGCUAGAAGACCACAGACCAAAUCAUCUACAGUCAAAAAACAGCAGCCUCCAAAGGCAAGGAAAACCAGGAAACAAGAGUCAUCUGUGGAGGAAGAUGAUGAUGAUGACGAUGAUGAAGAUACCCCAAAGAGACAAACCCGGCGAAGGGUGGCGGCCAAAGUCAGUUACAAGGAGGACCAGAAUGACUUUGAGACAGACUCUGACGACCUGAUAGAGAUGGAGGGAGCUGAGGUGGAGCCGGAAGAUGACAGCGAGACCAUUGAGAAGAUCAUGGACACCAGAACAGGCAAAAAAGGAGCCUGUGGGGCUUCCACUACCCAGUAUGCUGUGGAGGAAAACGGGGACCCCGGAGCAGACUAUGAGCCUGAGAAGGAUGAAGGAGAGACCCAUUACCUGAUCAAGUGGAAAGGCUGGUCCUAUAUCCACAACACCUGGGAGAGCAUCGACUCCCUCACUCAACAGAAGGUCAAGGGACUGAAGAAACUAGAGAACUUCAAGAAGAAAAACGAUGAGCUCAAUGCUUGGUUGAACAAAGCAUCCCCUGAGGAUUCAGAAUACUACAACUGCCAACAAGAGCUAACCACUGACUUAAAUAAGCAGUUCCAAAUUUUGGAAAGAGUCAUUGCGACUAAAACAGGGAAGACACAGGGACCGUCUGAUUUCCCUUCUCACAGCCACAAGAAUGCGUCGUCGUCCAAUGAGCCAGAGUACCUGUGUAAGUGGAUGGGCCUGCCCUAUUCAGAGUGCAGCUGGGAGGAUGGAGCUCUGCUGGGGAAGAAGUUCCAGCACUGUAUAGACAGCUUCACCAACAGGAACUCCAGUAAAACAGUCCCCUCCAAAGACUGCAAAGUGCUGAAACAGAGGCCCAGAUUUGUUGCACUGAAGAACCAGCCAUUGUACAUUGGGGAUGAGAACCUGCAGCUGAGAGAUUACCAACUAGAUGGACUGAACUGGCUGGCUCACUCCUGGUGCAGGUGCAAUAGUGUGAUCCUGGCUGAUGAGAUGGGUCUGGGGAAAACCAUCCAGACCAUCUCAUUCCUUUCCUACCUGUUCCACCAUCACCAGCUGUAUGGGCCCUCUCUGGUGGUGGUGCCCUUGUCCACCCUCACCUCCUGGCAGAGAGAGUUUGACACCUGGGCCCCCGACAUGAACGUGGUGGUCUACCUGGGAGAUGUGAUGAGCAGGAAAUCGAUCCGUGACUAUGAGUGGGUAUGCCAUCAGACGAAGAGAAUAAAGUUCAAUGCACUUAUAACCACGUAUGAAAUUCUACUGAAAGACAAGGCAGUAUUGGGGAACAUAAACUGGGCCUUCCUGGGUGUGGACGAAGCUCACAGGCUGAAGAAUGAUGACUCCCUGUUGUACAAAACCCUGAUCGAGUUCCGGUCCAACCACAGACUUCUAAUCACAGGGACACCACUGCAGAACUCUCUCAAAGAGCUGUGGUCCCUUCUGCACUUCCUCAUGCCUGACAAGUUUGAGAAUUGGGAAGAUUUUGAAAGCGACCAUGGUAAAGGGACUGACAAUGGCUACCAGAGCCUCCACAAAGUCCUUGAGCCCUUCCUCCUGAGGCGUGUCAAGAAGGAUGUGGAGAAAUCCCUGCCUGCCAAGGUAGAACAGAUCCUCCGUGUGGACAUGUCCGCCGUGCAGAAGCAGUACUACAAGUGGAUUCUGACCAGGAACUUCAGAGCCUUGCAGAAAGGCACCCGAGGCAGCUCCUCUGGUUUCCUCAACAUCGUCAUGGAACUGAAGAAGUGCACUAACCAUGGUUUCCUCAUCAGGCAGCCCGAGGAGGAGUGUGACACUCAACAGGAGCACCUGCAGGCGUUGGUGAGGGGCAGUGGGAAGCUGGUGCUACUGGACAAGCUGCUGACCAGACUUCGGGAGAGGGGCAACCGAGUCCUCAUCUUCUCCCAGAUGGUGCGGAUGUUGGACAUCCUGGCUGAGUACCUGGCCCUGAAGCGUUACCCAUUCCAGCGCCUGGAUGGUUCCAUAAAGGGAGAAAUACGAAAACAGGCACUUGACCACUUUAAUGCUGAAGGCUCUGAGGACUUCUGUUUCCUGCUGUCCACCAGGGCUGGAGGGCUGGGGAUCAACCUGGCAUCUGCAGACACUGUGGUCAUCUUUGACUCUGACUGGAAUCCUCAGAAUGACCUGCAGGCUCAGGCCAGGGCUCACAGGAUUGGCCAGAAGAAACAGGUGAAUAUCUAUCGCUUGGUCACAAAGGGAUCUGUGGAGGAAGAAAUUAUUGAGCGAGCCAAGAAGAAGAUGGUUUUGGACCAUCUUGUCAUUCAGAGAAUGGACACCACUGGUCGAACUGUAUUGGAUAACAACUCUGGAAAUUCUAAUUCCAACCCAUUCAACAAAGAUGAGUUGACUGCCAUCCUGAAGUUUGGAGCUGAAGAUCUGUUCAAAGAGGCAGAAGGAGAGGAGACUGAACCUACGGAGAUGGAUAUUGAUGAGAUCUUGCGGUUGGCUGAAACCAGAGAAAGCGACCACGGAUCAUGUGCCACAGAUGAGCUUCUCUCUCAGUUCAAGGUGGCCAACUUCUCCAACAUGGAGGAGAGUGCUCCAGACCUGGUGGAGCGCACGGUGCCUGACUGGGACGACAUCAUCCCUGAGGACCAGAGGCAGAAGCUGGAGGAGGAGCAGAAGCAGAAGGAGAUGGAGGACAUCUACAUGCUGCCCAGGAGCAGGAGCUCCAACAAGAGGCCCCAGGCUAACGACAGUGACAGUGACAUUGGCUCCAAGCUGAAGCACCGUUCCUCAGGCUCUGAGAGCGAGACGGACGACAGCGGCGAUGACAAGAAGCCAAAGAGGAGAGGCAGGCCCAGAGCCCGCAAGAACAACGUGGAGGGUUUUACUGAUGCAGAGAUCCGCAGGUUCAUCAAGGCUUACAAGAAAUUUGCAGCUCCGCUUGAAAGGCUGGAGUGCAUUGCCCGGGACUCUGAGCUGGUGGAAAAAUCCCAGGCAGACCUGAAGAGACUGGGAGAGCUGAUCCACAACAGCUGUGUGACGGCUGUCCAAGAGCACGAAGAGCACCUCAGAGAGAACCCCAGUGAAGCCAAAGGUCCUGGGAAGCGCAGAGGUAUAAACAUCAAAAUCUCAGGAGUGCAGGUCAAUGCCAAGUCCAUCAUUCAGCAUGAGGAGGAGUUUGAGCCACUGCACAAAGUUGUGCCAGCUAAUCCUGCUGAGAGAAACAAGUUCCAACUGACCUGCAGAGUGAAGGUGCCUCACUUUGACGUGGACUGGGAUCUGCAGGAUGACACUCAACUGUUGCUGGGGGUCUAUGAGCAUGGCUACGGCAACUGGGAUCUGAUGAAGACCGAUCCGGAUCUCAAACUUGCAGACAAGAUUAUCCCCGAUGACCCAGACAAGAAACCCCAAGGGAAGCAGUUGCAGGGCAGAGUGGACUAUCUUCUGAAGACGUUGAAGAAAGAAGUGGACAGUAAAGAUGUCACUAAGGACGAGGUCAAAGUGAAGCAGAAGAAGCCUCGCGUGAAGAAAGAGAACAAGGCCCCCAAAGAUGAGCAGGGAAAUUACAUUUCCUCCCCUCGCCUGUCAGACAACCCCUCCGAGGAAGGGGAGGUGAGGGAUGACGGGACAGAAAAAACUCCCUCAAAGAAGAGACAGAAGAAAAAGGAUAACAAAGAGAACAAAGAAAAACAGGGAACUCAUAAAAAAGAGGUGGAAAAAGACAAAAAACGUCCCAAGACAAAAAAAGAAAAGGCUAAAGGAGCCAAAGGGAAGAAGCCCCAGGGGCCGGUCCACAUUACUGCUGGAAGUGACCCUGUUCCCAUCGGAGAGGAUGACGACGAGCUGGACCAGGAGACCUUCAGCAUUUGUAAGGAGCGCAUGAGGCCGGUGAAGAAGGCUCUGAAACAGCUGGAUAAGCCUGACGAGGGCCUGUCUGUUCAGGAGCAGCUCCAACACACGCGCACCUGCCUGCUGAAGAUAGGAGACCGCAUCACUGAGUGUCUUAAAGCCUACAGCGACCCAGAGCAUGUCAAAACAUGGCGUCGGAAUCUCUGGAUUUUUGUGUCCAAGUUCACAGAGUUCGGAGCGAGGAAGCUUCACAAGCUGUACAAGAUGGCACAGAAGAAGCGGUCUCAGGAGGAGGAGAAGGAGCAUAGAAAAAAGGGGGAUGACAUGUCGGGCAAGAAGAAGUCUUUCAGAGCAGAGGCGUCUAGUUCCAGUCGAGACUCCACCAGCACCCAGCCAUUGUCUAAGUCUCAUCCAGGCAUGCCUCAUCCCUCUCCCACAUCCCCCCAAGGUCACCACAGAGAAGGCUAUAACAAAUCCAACAACAGACACUUUGGAAAUGAUGAUCGAGGAGAUUGGCAGAGAGAUCGUAAAUACAACUACCCUGGAAAUAGCAACCAAUCCUGGCAAGGCGAGCGACAUCAUCCAUAUGACGCCCAUCGGUAUAAGGACCAUCACUAUGGAGACCGUCGUCCACGUGAAGACUCCUACCGCAGUAGCUGUAGUAGUUACCGUAGCGGCAGCAGCAACUCCACGCGGAAGAGGCCAUAUGACCAGUAUGACAACGACCAGGAUCACAGGGACCGCCGGGCCUAUUACGACAGACAUCCAGACGCGAAGCGGAGACGGGGCGAUGACUUCCGUCCUCCCCAAGACUUCAGGAGUGGAGGAGGCCAUCCCCAGGACUUCAGGGGGAGGAUGCUGGAGCAAAGGGGGCCAACAGGGCAAGAACACUUCACCCGGCCCUAUCCAGACAACCCUCCCCUGCUGGACCCACACUCCCCACAGGCUCAGAAGUCACCCCAGGACUCGCGCUCGCCAAACGCAGAGCGGACUGCAGAGCAUAAAGCAGCAGGGGCUGAUUUAAACUGGAACAACAGGAAGACAUGAGGCCUGUCGCUGACUGGAAAGGUGUUGUGUCCAGGUGAGGAACACAGUGGUGAUACUGAAGGACAGGUCUGCGCUGGCUAGACUCACUGUUUCGCUUGGCCAGACAUAACCUCAGUCGUAAACGGAAUUGACAAAUACUCUGUUUACCAGCAAACACCAAACUCUCCACAUCCCUCCCCCAGGUGUGAUUGUGGUAACGAUCUGUGUCUGUGCCCAUGUAGAAAAGUGUUCGACAUUACGAAAUAUGUAUCACACUAAGAAAUGUUUUUGUUGUUGAAAUGACAGAUAAUCAGUCAGUGUUAGUGAUGAGUCUGUAGAAUGCCUGUGGAUAGUUAGUCCUAUGGACUAUUAUGUGGGGAGAUUACGAUGCCCGAAAGGUUGAUGAUGACUGAUCUGGAAACAUUGAAGUGUCUGAAGUAUUUGGCCUUUUUAAAUGUUAGCGGUAUGGUAUUAUUCCCAAAUACUUUGGUUAUUUUUUUGAGUUUAGCUAUGCCAUUAUAAUAAUAAAAGUAAUGUUUAUUCAUCUUGACCUGGUUAUGAAACUAUCAUAAUUUCAUAAAGAGAUGCCCCUUCUUUCCUGAAUCAAAAUAAGUGCAUCCUUCUGUCUAAAUUGAAGACGAAUAGUAAGUUAGUCACGCCAGUACCUAGUUCUCAGAAUUGCUAUUUAAAAUGUUUUAAUGAGCAUUUGUCAUUAGUGUUGAUAAUCAUUCUUCUGUAAAGACAUUCAUUGCCAUUGUCUUUUUUUUGUUUAUGAUAACCACUGACCCGCUAAUAAGUUAAAGGACCUAAUGAGAAGGACAUGGUUAUAAACAUUAUUUAAGGUAAUUUGUUGUGCAAAGCUUCAGAAGAACACUGACUGUUAAAGCUAUCCCUAACAACGUUUAUUUGUAGAUGUGCAAAGAAUUUGCCAUUUAAACCAUAUUUCUCUCUAUCCUAUGUAUGAAUGGUACUUUUGCAUCUUACAUUGCACAAUUAGUACUGCACUCUACUGGCUUAUUCAACCCGUAAAAGUAUUGUACUAUGUUUGAGAAGAAUCUGGAAAUCAUUUUUUCAUUUUCUAUAGUUAAGGUUAUGCGAUUCCCAGUGACAGCAGUGUAACCACUGAUAGAUUUUCUAAGGGACACUUGAGUGUUUACGGAUGUGGUUGAUGACAAGCUGUUAUUGGUCAUUCUGUUUUAGUGCCAAACCAGAGACUGGCCCUGCUGUGGUUCUUAUGAUUUCUGGUGUGCUUCUCCAGUUGUGCCUUAUUUCUGUGUAUAUUUUCAUACUGUAUAUCCUACUGGACACAUGUCAAUUCAACGUAAUUUAAUUGAAAUGACAUGGAAACAACUUUGAUUCAACCAGUGUGUGUGCCCAGUGGGAUGGGUUAUGGACAUUACUGUACUCCACUACAGAGAUGAUGCAGUAUUAAACAGUCAUGUUUUGAGAUUGUUCUCAAUGGAUGAUUGUGUAACGUGGCAUGCUUGUUAAGCGAAGACUGGUGGUGGGAACAAAAUUAUAUUGUUUGUCAUGUUCUUCUGCAACUCCCCAAAAGAUCUUGGGAAAAAUGAUUUACACAGAUGAAUCAGUGUUAUGUCCUCUGUGGGCAGAUCUGUUAGAAGGAAUAGCCAACCAACACAACCUUCCUUUUCUCCACGCUACAGUCCCUGGACCUGUGUUCUUGAAAACAAGCCUAAAUAAUUUAUAUUUGUGAGAGCCACUCCACGUGAAAUAUACUGUCAAUAUGUUUAUAGUCAUAUGUAUUAAACUUUGCUACAUU